AUAGUGAAUUAAACCUCGUAAUCUUAGUUUGGGUUACAAUAACGUGGCAGCUUUUUGCUGCAUAGCUACAAGUGGCCUGAAAACAAGCUUUACGAGAAUAAUGCCUCACACUCUAAGACUAGCGAGGAAUUUUUCUUCGGAGAGCUGCAGCUUCUGAGCUGCUAUUUAGCCCCCAUGGAAUGUGCAGCUUAGGUCACAGAGAGUCAGGUAUUUUAGAUUAAGUAGGUCUAAUUGCAAGGUUCGCGAAAUUCAUUACACUUUUAGUACUCUCAAAGUCUUGUUUUCAGUGCACAAAAGAAGACAGAUUUUUCUGCAGUAAAUAGCAUUACAGGGAGUUUCUGGGCACUCCUUGUGAGGUUAACCUUGAUAAAACAAGAAGAUGUGUGUUGUAUGCUGCCAAACCCUUUGCACUUCUCACUAAGAGGCGAUGAACAGGCUGACAAUUGGCGUCUGAGGUCCUGAAUCUUAAAAAGAGGUCUGAGCACAAUUUGGAUGGUUUUGACAGAAUGACAGCUGAAGACUCCAGUACCAUGAUGAGUACAGAUUCUUGCAAUAUAUCUUCAACUAAGGUCCACGAAGGUGUUGCUGGUGCCCCUAAUGAAGCUACCUUGCUUGCACUUUUGGAACGUACAGGCUACACAAUGGUUCAAGAAAAUGGCCAACGUAAAUAUGGCGGCCCUCCCCCUGGUUGGGAGGGCCAUCCUCCGCCCCGUGGUUGUGAGGUCUUUAUUGGCAAAAUUCCACGCGAUGUUUAUGAAGAUGAACUUGUCCCUGUUUUUGAGUCGGUGGGGCGGAUGUAUGAGAUGCGUCUGAUGAUGGACUUUGAUGGUAAAAACCGAGGUUAUGCCUUUGUCAUGUUUACAGCUAAGCAUGAAGCCAAACGAGCUGUCAGAGAGCUUAAUAACUAUGAGAUUCGCCCUGGGAGGUUGCUGGGUGUUUGCAGCAGUGUGGACAACUGCAGACUUUUCAUUGGAGGCAUUCCAAAAAUGAAAAAAAGAGAGGAGAUUUUAGAAGAGAUUUCUAAAGUAACAGAAGGUGUGUUAGAUGUGAUUGUCUAUGCCAGUGCUGCUGACAAGAUGAAGAACCGAGGAUUUGCUUUUGUAGAAUAUGAAAGUCACCGGGCAGCAGCCAUGGCACGAAGAAAGUUGAUGCCUGGAAGAAUCCAGCUGUGGGGUCACCAAAUUGCGGUCGACUGGGCUGAACCAGAGAUAGAUGUUGAUGAAGAUGUGAUGGAAACUGUUAAAAUUCUUUACGUGAGAAAUCUGAUGAUUGAAACCAUGGAGGACACGAUUAAAAAAAUCUUCAGUCAGUUUAAUCCCGGCUGUGUAGAGCGAGUAAAGAAAAUUCGCGAUUAUGCUUUUGUUCAUUUCACUACCAGGGAAGAUGCAGUUCUUGCCAUGGAGAAAUUAAAUGGCAUUGAUCUUGAAGGUUCCUAUAUUGAGGUGACCCUUGCCAAGCCUGUGGACAAAGAGCAAUAUAGUCGUUACCAGAAAGCAGCAAAAGGGGGACCAACAGAAACACCUCAAGCAAACAUUGUUUACUCAUGUGAUCCCUACACACUAGCCUAUUAUGGGUAUCCCUACAACACACUAAUUGGUCCGAACAGAGAAUAUUUUGCCAAAGCAGGCACUGUUCGCGGCCGAGGUAGAGGGGCAGCUGGCAACAGAGCAGCAGGACCUCGAGGAUCGUACCUGGGUGGAUAUUCAGCAGGCAGAGGUAUUUACAGCAGAUAUCAUGAAGGGAAGGCCAAGCAACAGGACAAAGCGUAUGAACUGAUACCCAGCUUAGAUCUGGCUACAGUCAGUCCAGUCGCUAUGAAACCUGGUGCAGUAGCCAUCCCUUCCAUUGGAACUCAGUACCAAGUGUUUCAGGCGGCUCCAGGCACUAAACUAAUGGAAGAUAGCAAAAUGCAUCCUAUGGAGCAUGUUCUUAAUCCUAUUGCUGUGCAAACUGAUCCAAAUGGAACAGCGAUCAUACCAUCAGUUUCCACUCCUCCACCUUUCCAGACUCGGCCAAUAACUCCAGUAUAUGCAAUGGCCUCCAAUAUACAACGAAUUCCCACAGCUGGAUUCUAUGGGGCAAGUUAUGUUCCAAUUGCAGCUCCUGCUUCUGCUGCCACUGUGGCAACACUGCAGAAGAAUGCAGCCACCGCUGCUGCUGUGGCAGCCUAUGGAGGAUAUGCUGGCUACGUACCACAGGCAUUUCCAGCAGCAACUUUUCAAGUUCCUCUACAUGAUUUCUACCAAACUUAUUAGGAUAUUCUAACAAAGACUUUAUCAUAGUGAAGGAAUACACUGGUAUUUAUGAAGAAAACAAAACAUAGUUUGACGUGAAAGAAUAUUUUUUAGGACUUCAGCAAUCUUCACACCAAAAGCUAUGUGAAGGAGGGGCAAAUGUUUUAGAAAUUGCUAUUUUGUUAGUAUAUUUUGAAAUGCAUAUUUUAAGAGUUUUAAGGGUUAAUAACCUUUAUAGUAGAAACAAUUCCAUGCAUUUUUGUUGUGGAAACAUUUUUCUAAAUGCCUUACUUUUAACAGAUGCUAAAAAUCUUCCGUCCAUAAGGUUUGAACAUUUUGAAUGUGGACAUCUAGAAACUAGAAAAAUGUGUAGAUUUUGACAUGUUAAUACUAUGAAGGGUUCAUGUGACUUAUUCACUCCAGUUAUCUAGCCGAUUGGUGCCUUCAAGAAAGAAAAUCAGCCUUAACUGGAUUACAAUAAAUGUAAAUAAUACUACUCAGCAUUUAACCCAUUACUGUAUAACCAAACCUAGGCCUGUAGUUUGUUAACCAGUUAUCAAGAUUUGUAUAUGAUACUGGAAAGACAUGCCCAUACAAAUUGCCGGGGAAUAGUCCAGAACUGCAAUGCAAAAGAAUUGUACUGUCGACUACGAGACUCGAACUUGACUUCUAGUUUAUUAAUUUACAUAAUUUGGCUACUUAUAGAGGCUGAAUAUCAUCAGCUUCAAACCGGCUGAUUGUAGUAUUGACCUUGAUUGAACUGUUUUAACUAUUCAUGGUUGGCACCACAGACUGAGGAAGAAAGCAUACGUGGGUUUAUCUCUUGGGUUAGGAUACUGAUAAAGUUGAAAAAGGAAGGAAAAGCAAGGGAAAGAAUGAACCACGGCAGCAUUAUACAGUCUCUUGAGGGUAAAUUAUUAUCACUUAAAAAACACAAGGGGACUGAAAUAUAAAGGACAUUAAGUAUGACAUUAAAUAGAAGAUAAACCUUCAGUGGUACCUUCAACAUGUAGAGUAAGUUACCUUUGCAAUGCUCUUUAUUUUCUCUGUUCUGCUUUAAGUUCAGCCAUAUGCUGGAUUUUUGAACAAGGACCAAAGCAGGCCUUGUUGGCAUGAAGUGCUAUAUUAAUAACUUUUAUCAUGUUAAAGAAAAUUCCUAGAUGAUUUGAGGUGGUAAUGUAGUUUGGGUAGUAGUGAUGUUAUAUUUUGGUUCUAUGUAACAGAUUAGUUUGUGUGUAUAUAUAUAUUAUGUUUUAAUAUAAGUUUUAUGAGCACAUGGCUUUUAUGGUGCAGCAGCAUAUAUGUGGUUUACCACAGAAUUUUAUCAAUUUCUUUAAAUGCUGUUGAAGAAAAAGAAUAAUCUUUUAUUAUAGUAGGAAGUAAAUAUAUUGCAGCAGUGUUUCAAUGGCCUGUUUAAAGGCUUUUGAAAGAAAAGUCAAUUCUAAGUAGUGUCGUGAUACUCAGUAAAACCUGCAUAAUGUGACCCCAUUGCUUUGGACUGACUAAAAGCAACUGCUGAAGACAGCCUGAUAUCCAGUUGAGCUCCAUUCAUUAUUUAACCUGGAGAAAAUGAUUGAAACUGCUGUGGAUUAAUAUGGGGUUUUAAUUAACAGCUCUGGCCAUUUUACUCUUAACACUUGCUACUGUUUAUAGAAUAGAAAUUCCCACAUUGUACUACUUGCAUGUAAAUAAUAAAAUACCACAAACACUAAUGAUAACUAGCUAAGGCACCAUUUUGUAGACCAACUAAAAAUUGAUGGAUCUUUAACAUUUUGCAUAUUGUAUUUGGUGGGAAGCUAGAAUACUCCAUUUACAGUAUGAUAACAUUAGAAAGGCAGCUGCUCCAUAUGUCAGUAUUGCCUUUAUUACUCAGCUCUGGUAACCCAGAGAACUAAUGCAACAAACUAGUUUGCUUCUUGAUUAAAACCUAAUGAGGCACAUUCAAUUUUUAUGCACAUUCUAAAUAUCCAGGCAGCAUACUUUUUUCCUGCUCAUCUUUUUGCGAGUCUCACUGUUUUGUUUUUUGUUGUCAUACUCAGAAUCUCACCAGAAUAUCCAGUUAUCACUGAUUCUUUUAAACUGUGCAAUGUAUCACAACACUGAGUAGAACUUCCAGACCUGGCCGAGGUCAGGACAAGACAUAGAAGGCACAAAGAUACAGGGCUCUGGUCAAAUGCUGGUUUCCCAGCACAAAUUUACCUUUUCGGACGUGGGUUUGGGGCAUGCCAUGAUAUGGAAAACCAGUUAUUAAAGUGUUAGGGGUGUAUUGGAGACCAACUGGAAAGUUGCAGUUCCUGGGUUGGUGGGGACAGUUCAGCUGUUUGGUGGUGGGGCCCAGAAACAGACCACCAGGCCCUUUCUACCUGCCUGGGUAAGGGUGCAGACAAAGAUCACUCUGCAGAAGGAUUCCAUCUCCACUCUAAUGGCUGCUUUACACAAAAUAUUUAAAGUAAUUGAUACUGUGAGGUCACCAAUAUUGAAGCACCCUCUCAGUUAUUUGCUCUUAAUUACAGACACUGCUUCUCUGAAGCUGAGAGCCUCCAAUUGACCUUCCAAAUACAAGAGUCCACCUACUGCCUUAAUUGGAUGGGAAAUGUGUCUCCAAUCCAAUUGAGAGGAUACCCCGAUCAAAAUCCCAAAGUACAGUGGAUUCCCUUGGGAGCAGGAUGGGUCUCCAGGUUUCUGUCCCAAAAGUGAAAAUGCAGCCCACUUUCCUCCACUUGACCUUUUUUUAAAGAUGUAUACAAUUCAUUAGAAAUGACCCAAAUACAGGAGUUCUGAUUGUCAGAAACCUGCUUCCUAUACCUACUGGAGUAUUAGAGCUGGGAAGCACCAGCAAAGAAUGGUGCAUGGACUUUAUUUCCAGCUGCACUAAUAGGAGGACAGUAAACUCGCUUCAAAUGCAACAAAAACUGUAGUUAUUAAAACUAGACUUGGAUCAUAAAAUCAAGUCAUAGUUUGUCUUAGAUAUGCAGGAAAAAGCAACACUCCCACUGUAAAGAAAGCACUCCCUUUACCCAGUGAUUUCAUUCAAUAAUGCUUUUGUUCACCUGCAGAUACCAAUGGAUACCUGAGCAAAUUGUUCCUUUUAGUGGAUUUGUGUGCCUAAAAUUCAGAAAAAUGAAUCUUUAAAAUUAUUAAGGCAUUACUCAGUAUUGGUUUUUAAAAAUAAUUUUAUUGGCUAACUUUUCUUUCUGUUCCCAGACUUUUCAUUUUGGAUUCAAUUUCCAACCUUUGAGAAAAUUCCAUGCAUUUCACUUUGCAUAUUUUUUUUUAAAAAAUGAUUUAUUUGGUUUUCAACAAAAUGGAUACGCUGCUAGAAAAUGCUAAAGUAACCCUUUCUUGAAUUAAAACAACUUAGUUCCUUUAUACAAAUAGGGUAUCAACUAUACUUUUUGCUUAUAUAUAAACCUUUUAUUAACAUACAAAGUAUCCAGGGUAACACCACUAGUUCGAGCAAGAAAGAGUUUUCCUAAAGUAUAUUUUUAGAUAUUUUAUUAUCUUAUGAAGAGAGUGGGGAAUGGUGAGAUUUUGAGAUGUCUUUUAUUCCAAAAUACUUUUAUUUGGCUACUGAGUUUGGCUUCUCUGUAUAGGCUUUCGUAGCCCAGUUAAGUAAAAAAGAAUGUAGAUCUAUUUAAAUAAAAUAUUAUUUAACUUGCAAGACACAUUCUAGGGCAGUUAGAAGUGGGGAAGUUCUUUGGAAAAAAAAGGGUUUCGAGUCACUUUGUGUCACAUAGUGCAAAGGUCUAAUGUAUUUUUAUUUGCUUCUCUUUGUAUGAAGAAGGCCAAAGUAUGAUUGACUGAUAUUGAUAGAGGCCUGUAAAGCAUGUCAGUUAAGAUCCAAACUUGUGCUAUUCUAUUGCAAACAGCACUGUUUUGUAUUUUAAUUCAAAAUGUUGGUAUGGGGCAUAUAAAAGAACAAGAUGUGCAUGGACAGACUUUUUAAACUAGUGUGCCUUAUUAACAACAAAUGCAUUACCAUCAGGUGUUUGAACUCCUCAGCCAAAUAUUUUCUAUUUUUCUUGUGUUUUAAAAGCUUGAGUUUAUUCUUUUGUUGCUUUUAUAUUCUAAAGCAGUAGUCAAUAAAGCAUUAUGAAACCCA